AUGAGGUCCGACCCAAGCACCAGAAAGUCAGAUGCCCUUUGCAAAUUCCACCAGGAACACGGACACAAGAUAGAAGAUUGCAUCACCCUAAGGCAAAACGUUGUGAACAUACUGCAUCAAGGACACCUCAAAGAGUUGUUGAGUGACAGGGGGAGGAACAACUUCGCCAGAGGUCGUGAGCGCCAAGGUCCGCCGAAGCUGCCAUCACCAGUUCGUACCAUCAAUAUGAUUAUCGAUGGCAACGAUGAUGCCUCCAUCAACGGCAUUAAGUUAAGCUCUACUCACAAUCUCAAAAGAUCCAUCACCUACGAACAAUAUGAUGGACUCGAAGAAAGUAUCAUUUUCGACGAGUCAGAUGUCGACGGUUUGACUUUCCCUCACAAUGAUGCUCUCAUCAUUACUUUAUGA